UCAUCCUACUUCCCUCCUCCUCACCUCUUCCUUCUCUUACAUGUUGCCCAGAGCUCUAUACAGCAGGAGGCUUUUGGCCAUGUGGGAAUUCCUCUCGGUAGUGGCUCACGGUUAAAUCUGCAUGUCGGAGCAGCGUGCGGCAGCCUUACCAGACGUGGCAAGCAGAAGCCUGGUAGGAGAAGAAGAAGUCCUAGAAUCUGUGCAGCCUUGAGGAGCAAGGAAGCUCAACGCGGCUUUCGCUGCCAGGAGAGCCGCUCGAAUUUUGGAAGUGAGAAACUGACGACUUUUUGCCGCUUUCGUCCGGUUUCCCAGAAGAUGACGAGGUUUACCUUCGGUGAAAGAGAAGGAUCGACGAUGACAUCUUCACCUGGUCACUGCUGAGGACCAGGAGUUCUGUGGAAAAAGAGAGAAACCAGACCGUUCGGGAGCGACGCGGCGAUGCCGGAAAAACGUGUUUGCAUCAAAGCGCCUCGUACUUAGCAACUGAUGAGGAGGAGAGGCCGUGUGAUGACCUACCUGUAUUUGACAAGAGUGCUUUUCACCUCGUUGGAGAAAGGAGGACAGGAGGGGAAAAGUCAGCGAGGGGGAAGAGGGGAGGGGAAGAGCGAGCCAGCGAGGGAAGGUGUGAAGCCAACGCUGUAAAAGAGAACUGCAGAAGCUGGGAGACAGACAGAGAGAAAGAAAUCUUUUUUUUAUUUUUUUUAAAGACUGCCAGACUGAGGGAGAAACGGCCGUACACCCAUUUAACGCAGCGGGAUUGUGUUUUUUCAGAGCCAUACGGGGAAAACUCUUAAUGGAGCCACAAGCUGGUACCCUUCUCUGACCUGUCAACAAUAACAAGGAGGGAUAACAGCAUGGAAGUGGACCCUUCAAACAGCACUCUUGCCAACACAUCAUAUGUCCAGGUGGCUUCUCACAAUGUUUGGGAAGUUAUUACCAUCGCUACAGUAUCAGCAAUCGUCAGCUUGAUAACUGUUGUGGGUAACGUGCUGGUUUUGCUCUCCUUCAAAGUCAACAGCCAGCUGAAGACCGUUAACAACUACUACCUACUCAGUCUGGCUUUCGCCGACCUCAUCAUUGGAGUGUUGUCAAUGAACUUAUACACCACAUAUAUCCUUAUGGGUUACUGGUCCUUGGGAAACAUUGCAUGUGAUCUCUGGCUAGCAGUGGAUUAUGUUGCCAGCAACGCUUCAGUUAUGAACUUACUUGUCAUCAGCUUUGACAGGUACUUCUCCAUCACAAGGCCGUUAACUUACAGGGCUAAAAGGACUCCAAAGAGAGCUGCCAUCAUGAUUGGCCUUGCGUGGCUGGUGUCUUUUGUCCUUUGGGCGCCACCCAUUCUGUGCUGGCAAUACAUUGUAGGUGAGAGAAGGGUGCUUCCUAACCAGUGCCAUAUCCAGUUUUUAACACAGCCUGUGAUCACAUUUGGUACAGCGAUUGCCGCUUUCUAUAUCCCUGUCUCUGUUAUGACCAUCCUCUACUGUAGGAUCUACAAGGAAACGCAGAGACGCACCAAAGAUUUGGCUGAGCUACGAGGCCUGGCUACUGAAAAUGUUCUAGAAGGGACUAAACCACAGAAAACUGCCAUUCAUUCUUGCUUUCAUUUUACCAGAGAGAGAAGAGACCUCAGUCAGGCCUCCUGGUCCUCGUCUAACCAAAGCAACGCUACUAAAAUGACAACCAGAUCAGAUGAGGCAUGGGAGAAAGCAGAUCAAAUCACUUCCUUCAACAGCUACUCUACAUCUGAGGAGGACGAGCAGCAUGUGUCAAUAGAAACCCCACAGAGGUCUUUCAAAGAGCAAGGUAGUGGGCAAAGUAAUAAGAAUGGACAAGUGACUGAGUAUACAGAGGAUCUAUACUUUUCCACUCCUCAAAAGAAGAGUAGUAAAAAACACAUCUCUUAUAAAUUCAAACCUGGCUCCAGCUCAAAGGGCAAAAACGGCAAACCAAUGACUCCCGCGCCGUGCCUGGCCAAAGCAGAUGAGCCCACCCAAACUGCCUCGCCUUCCCCCUCCACCACCUCCAAACCCAUUGACCCCGUCCUGAAGAACCAGAUCACCAAGAGGAAGAGGAUGGUGCUUGUGAAGGAGAAGAAGGCGGCCCAGACUCUCAGUGCCAUUCUGCUGGCUUUCAUCCUCACAUGGACGCCGUACAACAUCAUGGUGCUCAUUUCCACUUUCUGCGCCGAGUGCAUCCCCCAGUCCCUGUGGCACCUGGGCUACUGGCUGUGCUACGUCAACAGCACCAUCAACCCCAUGUGCUACGCGCUGUGCAACAAGACCUUUCAGAAGACCUUCCGCAUGCUUCUGCUCUGCCAGUGGAGCAGGAGGAGGAGAGGCAACGACAAGCUCUACUGGGGCGGACAAAAUCGAAACGUCAACAAUAAAAUGACUUGAUGCGGCAAAACGUUGUUAUAGAACAGAUGCAUUGCUUUUGUCCCCAUGUGAUGAUUUUCUCGAUGUGAACUUUAGUCAGUGGUCAUCUUCAGCAUGAAGUGCUGCAUGUGAUUUUUGUGUUAAAAAAUAGAUGUUGGUGAACAAUUAUCUGAGCCAAAUGAAGCACUUAAACUGCUGUUCCUGAUUAUUAUAGAAAGGAAACCUCAAAAAGGUGGUGACAUGUUCUUACAAUGUUUAAAGUGUUACGUUGCUCCCGAGGGAGCUGCACAAAGGCUGAUGAACUCUCCUCAAAUAAUGUCACUCAGAUUUUCUAAAGACUAUGAGUUUGGAACUGAAGGCUACUUGGAGUUAGAAAGUAGUGGGUUUGUCAGACCUGAUCUCAGCUGCAGGCUACAUUAGCUGCUACCGGCAUAACGCACCCGUAACUGUCUCUGGUUCUGCUGCCUCCGUUUGGAAAUUGUCGUCCAUGAGUCCAAUGAUGUCAUAGCAGUGCUAUGUGCUAAGUGGGUGGAGGACUCCCUUAAUACUCACGUGCCAAUGUGUUUGUGAAAGAAUUAUUGGUAGCUGUCCUCAUGCUGCCCUCCUCGCCGUAGUGGCAAAAAGGUAUUCUCCUCAAACUCUAUCAUGACAAAUGUAGAAAAUAUUCGCAUGUCCAUCGAUUCUGUCUUUUUUUUCUUUAGGGACAAGAAAAUGUCAACUUUUUUUGUGUAAAAAUCUUAACUGAAACAAACUGACACAUGAGCUUUUUUUGUGUGAGCAUGUGGAUAAAACACUGAACGACUCCUUUAAACCUCAUACAGUGUAAUCCUCCUUUAUUCCAUUGCUGACUUGCACUGUAUGUAAAGGACAUAUUGUAGGCAUACACAUUUCAAAGUAAUCUAUAGUAUAACAAAUAUCUUUUACUGAUUCUGUUGGAUUUUACACCUCCCAAAUGAUAAAUGUAAAAUGACUUUGUGUAUAUCGGUGUUUAGGGAAUGUUUUACUUUUGUAACUUGGCUCUUGUAAUUGAUAUUUGAUAUUGUAUUCAAGGGCUAAUCUGUACAUCUCAGUCCAUUGGAAGUUGCAUUAGUUUCACGUUGGUAACAUGACAAAUUAGAUUGUUUACGAAUCACACCUUUAUUCCUGUCAACGUUCAUAUUACUGCAACAACAACAAAAACAAAUUUGGCAAACAUGGUCUUUAAACAUAAUGACUGCCAACUGGCCUUUCGAAUAGAUGAGUGAUGCUGUUGAGUGUGAUUGCACUUCUUUGUCUUUUAACAAUGCAAUGUCAGUUGUUAUCUGAACGUAUCUCCCUAAACUCUCUGCCUUUUGUUCUGCUCAGAGGCAAAAGAGCUUUGUGAAUGCAUCUCUGCUCAUUGUUCAUCCGUGCAGUUAUGUGUAAGUGAGUCUGCGUAAUGAUGUGAAUGGUGAAAUACAAACUCAAAAGUGGAAUUAUACUUUUGUCAGCAUGAACUUUUUCAACAGGACAUGUUUUUAUUUAUGAAUUAUAUAUAUAUUUUUCCAAUAAUGCCAAUCGUUACCCACUCAAAACAGUGGGGUAAAGAAACUAACAUGCCAUGGGUGACAAAUGAGACUGUUGCUGAGUGCAAACCGAGCUCAGACCUCCUGGAGGUCAUCAGAGGACUUCAGCACUCCAGUAUGAUGAAAGGAAAAGUCCGUAAAGAUUUAAAAAUUGACGCAAUUCUCAUAAUUCUAGCUCUAUACACAACCACAAUGGGCUUUUAAAUAAAACAAGAUGUGCUUUGAGUGGAGAUUCUCAACUUCAAUUGGAGGGUAUUUUCAUCCAAAGUAGGUAGGGAGACUGCAUUGUCGACAAAGACUGUGAAAAGACAAAAAGCUACAUCCAAUCAAUCCCCAAAAUAAGCCGCGUAGAUGCACCUCAACAAAUUCUCCCCCGACAUCGACAACAUUAGAUAUAUUGUAACCAGCAUUGUUCAAACCGUCUUGAAUAAAUUCUUGAAUGAACCCCACAGGA